CUGGAAGCUUUUCAGAUCGUUGCACACUCGGGACGGUCCGCUCACACUGAUCCAGCUUUCAUUAGACACUGAAGAUGUCGCAGUAUUCUCUAGGAGUCCACCUGCAGGUUGUCCUGGCUGUGGGUCUGGCUGUGUUCUGCUACUGUCUGGUUCUUGGUUGCAUCCUGUGGUGUCGCAAGCAGAAACAUGUUUCCUCUGAGGACAAAGAGGCAGUUUUCCUGUCCCCUCGUCCCACUGAGAGUGUGACUGUGACAUUAGCUCAUUCGCUGUGUACUCAGCCUGUCAAACAGCAGUAUGAAGAGCUAGACGGGGACGUGUUGGAGUUCCCUUCUUCUAAAAGCAGCUCUUCCCCGUCUGAAGAUGACCUCAGCACUUUCCCAUUCAACACCACCCCUUCCAGAUCAACUGAGCAGGUGCAGUCUUCCAGAUCUUCUUUCCCAAUGCGGCGCCUCAGUACUCCUGCUCUUUCAUGCUCACCCAGUAAGGCUGCUAGUCACGGCAGGGCCUCUUUGCCCUCCCUCACCAAGCUCAGAUUUGUGUCCAAAUCCUGCCAGGUGAUGGGAAGACGAAGAACCGUUAGUGGAGAAAGUUAUGCUUUCAAUGAGAGUAGUCGCCUUACCGCAGGUGCUCCUAGAGUUCACAGCCAGCAGAUGGAGCAAUUUCUCCCCCAGUAUGGCUCCAGGUCUCUCUCUGUCUCCCCCAAGCCUACUCCUUUCCUGCACUAUUCUCUGCUCUUCAGCUCUGCCUGUGGCACCUUGGUGGUCAACAUCCUGGGGCUUUCCGGGGACAGUAGAAGGCGCAGUGGGGUGUUUGUUCGCGCCAGCCUCCCUCCACUUCACCCCUUGCCCCAGCAGACGGCUCCACGUUGGCGGAGCCUCAGCUCGGACUUCAUUAGCCAGAACUUUGUGUUGAGGGUGGGCUCUGUGGAAGAGCUCCGCACCUGUACCCUGAGGCUGGCCGUCUACAGCAGAGACUUUUCUGGGCUAAGAGAGGCUGCUCUGGGGGAAGUGGAGCUGGCCUGUGAGGAGAUUGAAUGGGAGCCUGACUCUACAACUACCUACACCAAGCAGCUUAUAGCAAGUAAAAGCAAGCUGAAAAAGAGUUUCAGUUCUCAGGAGACUGUGGGACGCAGGAAAAGCUCAGUCUGCGUGCCACGGAUUUUAGGACAAUUGUUCAUCCUGCUGCAGUACCAGGCUCUGGCUCAGCGAAUCAAAGUGAUGGUUCGAAAGGCCGAAAAUCUGGUCAAGCUGACUCGAAUCCCGGGAACUCCAGAUCACUAUGUUAUCAUCAACUUACAUCUGGAUCAUAAAAUAAUUGAUACAAAGGAGACCAAAGUGGCCAGUGGCCCUAACCCCAUCUGGAAUGCUCCUUUCCUGUUUGACCUUCCUCCUGGUGACAUCACCCAGCUGCCACUGACUCUCGAAUUCAUCGUCAUGCAGGGCCGUCUCUACACUAAGAACAGUAUUCUGGGGCGAGUGCUGAUUGGCAGCGAUGCUUUAGAUGCAGGACGGGAGCACUGGAGGGAAACCUGCUGUCCGGGACAAACAGAAACCACUCGCUGGCACACCAUCCAGUCAGAUGCAGUGUAGGAAUAACAACAUAAAAAGAUUUAGGUGGAGCAGGAUCACAAGUAUCUACAGGAUUAUAGAUGGUGAAACACUUAUUACACUGGGGUGGUUGGUCGUCUCACCCUAUUACAUUAGUGAUUACUUGCUCACUGUGAUUCCUUAAUACUGUAGUUUGUGAAAGUGUAAUAACUUGGAUGUACUGUGAAACUUGUAGUAUUUUACUGUUGUAGGACAAUUUUUCUGCUAAGAAACUCACAUGUCAAAGCUUGCUGGAUAAGAAAACUAACAUACAUACUGUGUAUUUGGUUUAACACGGUGUAACUAUUUCCUGGGAUCUCAGAUGUCUUUCACACCCUUAUCUAUCAUUCUGUACAGACCUGCUAGAGUACAUUUGUUAUGUUUGACAUACCUACUGAUUUUACAUCAUUUUCUUCAUCUCCAGUGGAAAAUAUCUACUUUUUCUAUUUAUCUAGUAGGAUUCAUUGGCACAGAAAGUGCAAGCUGCCAUGUUGCAGGUACCCCUUUUAGUUUAAAACAUAAAUAUUUCUAGCAGUACCACUUGAAUAUACCCUCUUCACAAUAGAUUACAACAGCUCUAAGGUCUCCAUGACAUGCAUGACUAUUCAAACUUGGCUAAAUUGUGGCAAAUCUGGAAAACCUUAUUACAUGAAAGCAAACACUAUUAGGAUUUUAAUCACACAACUUAUCAGCAGCAUGAGCGGAUGCAUCUCAGGAGGGUUUCUGCAAAGAGCACGCCAUCCUGCACAAAUAUAUUAAUCUGACAUGGCGCUCUGUACUUAAGAAGGAAUAAUGAACCAUCACUAUGUCACCACAGAAGUUUUGUGCAUGCUACCAGCAUUUGGGUAGCCCUUUUUCUCUAUUAUCUGUGAUGGGAAAGAGACUCUGUUCUUGGUAGACUUCAGAUAACCUCUUUAGGUCCCUGCAGAGAUUUUUUUAAUAGCCUGAAAUCUAGUAUUGUCAGGGUCCUUGACCUGUUUGAGAAUAGGAACAAUUCAAAACUCAUAAUUAAAUAUCACACAUCAUAUAAAGACUAGUAUUUAGAGGUUAGACAUUUUGCAUAGAAGAAGAAUGUCUCACUGGAAAUCCCAAAUUGGCUUAUAUCUAUUGGAUUUGUUUCUUAAUUAUGAACAGCCAAAACAAACAAAACAAAAAUUGCUAUAUCUAAAUAUUAUUCCUUGAUAUUACACUUGAGUAUCAAAUAUUUGUAUGUUUAGAAUCAUCCUAGUGUACUUUGUUCAGCUGUGUAAUAGACAGUGAAUUGUGGGACAAAAUUGUGAGAUUACCUUCUACAAUCUCAAUUUGCAACAGAUAUAAAUGAUUGUACUAUUUAUUCCCCAUCAUAUUUACAUAUUUCUAUUCAAUUAUAGCAGCGGUGUCCAACUCCAGUCCUAACGAUUUUAUAUGUGUCCUUGCUCCAGCACAGCAGAUUCAAAUAGCUGAAUUACCCCCUCAACAUGCCACCUAGGUCUACAGAGGCCUGCAGAGAACCAUGCAUUUGAGUCAGGUUUGUUGAAUCAGGACAACAGCCUGAACCUCCAAGACUGCCACUGAGGACGGAGUUUGGACAGCAAUAAUUUAUAGCAAGCAUAAAAUAACAGGUUAAGACAUCCUCUUAUUACUGGAUUAGUAUUGUGAUGCUUUUGUUUCGUAUUUUGACUAGUAAAAAUGAAAUAAAUAUAACAAGAAAGCUCAA